ACUAUGCAGGCGUUGGCACAACAUGUUGAUGAGUACUCCGUACUGUGUACUAAAACCACGACGCGAAACUUUCCUAUUCCAGCAUUGAGUACCUAGAUAGACCUCCCCCAGAGCAACCGUACCGCUAGCCACACCAACUGCGCCACAUACAACGCCACAAUUCCCGUUUUGGACGUCGCCCCGCGCCCCGCCUGCAGGUGCCUUUUCGUCCAAACAUCUUGCGGUAAACAACGUUGCGCCGAAUUUCUCCUUACCAUGAUCCAUGGCUUCGAGGUGAUUUGAAUUCGCCAGAUUGCGUUUUGACUGACAACAUGUCGAGCAAUAUCCUAUUCCUACCGUUCCGACGGUCCCAUUCGGUCUCCCUCUCCGCAGCCGUCAAGCAAUAUAUAUCCUCCAAGUAUGAUCAACAUCCGGACAUGUUCACCAAAGAUCUCGAGGCGAUUGAGAAGCUACGGUCCACAGCGAUACAUGCACAGGAACCCCAUCCAAGCAACAUACCAAAGCUCCUACAAUAUGCUGCGCAGCUGGUUUGGAUCAGUGGGAAAUUUCCCAUCGAUUUGGGAGUCGACUUUCCGUGGUAUCCUGCGCUUGGAUACAACACCAACCGUCCCAUUUCUCGAAAUAAUAUCCGUUUCGAGCUGGCGAACAUAAUAUACAAUGUUGCGGCAAUGUACUCGCAACUGGGGAUGUCCUCGAAUCGAAGUACGCAGGAUGGACUGAAGGUCGCUGCCAACAAUUUCUGCCUCGCGGCCGGUGUCCUCUCUCAUCUCCGGGAGAACGUCCUACCCGACCUACGCACAUCGCCUCCCGAAGAUAUGGAUAAUAUGACGCUGGAUAGUUUGGAGAAACUUAUGCUGGCGCAAGGGCAAGAGUGCUUUUGGCAGAAGGCUGUGAAAGACGGGAUGAAGGAUGCGACAAUUUCCAAGCUCGCAGCGCGUGUGUCGGACCUCUACAAUGAGGCCAUGGACGCCGGAAUCAAGUCCGACGCCAUAAGCAGCGAGUGGAUACACCAUAUGGCAGCAAAGCAUCAUCACUUCGCCGCUGCCGCACAAUACAGGGCCGCAUGCGAUUGCCUGGAGAAGCGCAAGUACGGGGAAGAGGUGGCAAGGCUGCGGGACAGUCUCACUUGUGUGAACGAGGCGCUUAAGGAGCAGCGAUACAUCAUCAAGAGUGUGUUAGCUGAUCUGAACGCAUUGAAAAGUCGUGUUACCGAAGAUUUGAAGCGAGCCGAGAAGGAUAACGACCUGAUCUAUUUGAUACCCGUACCUCCAAAAUCCGACCUCACGAUCCUUGAUCGAGCGAACAUGGUGGUGUCCAGAGUUCCGAAAGAGAUAUCUGACUCAAACUCGCUGUUGGGUGAGAACAAGGAGCUAGGUCCUCCGUUAUUCUCAAAGCUAGUGCCUUAUUCUGUUCACCUGGCGGCUAGCAUAUACGUAGAUCGGCGAGAUCGGCUGGUCAACAGUUCGAUCAUCGAGGAGCUUGAGAACCUCACUGCACAGAUUCACGAAGUCUUGCGGACUCUCAAUCUUCCUGGGUCCCUUCAGGCCCUUGAGAAGCCGCUCGGGCUUCCACCAGGCCUUAUUGCACAUGCAGAAGAAAUUCGUCAACAGGAGGGGCUGAGUCGCUUACGGGCCUCAAUGGAGGAUACCAAGAAGCUAAAAAUGAACGAUCUUGCGAUCUACCACGAGGCCUGUGAUAUUCUCAAAACCGAAGCUGCAGAGGACGAGGCAGCGCGACGGAAAUAUGGAACCAAUCAAUGGACACGACUGCCAUCAGAGCAGGCUGCGCCCAGGCUCUUCGCUCAAAUCACGGAGAUCGAUGGCUAUCUGAAGUCCGCCGCCGACAGCGAUAAGGUCGUCAAGCAGAAGCUCAAAGAGAAUGAGUACCACAUCAAGCUAUUGAAUGGCCCGGACCAUGACCUGGAAAACUUCGUGCCCAGUGGCAGAAGGCCAGUCAUCAAUGGGGACGUGGAGCGAGCAGCGGGGAAGCUAAGAGGGUGUUUCAAUGAAGUCAGCCGGCUGGAGAGCAGACGACGGAGGAAGAUUGAAGCGUUACGGGCAAAGGCAAAGCAAGAUGACAUCAAUCCGGAGCUCUUGCAGGAAGCUGCGCGCUUGGAGCGGGAGUAUCCUAUGCAGACUAUCGAGGCAGUACAGUUCGAGAGCCUGUUCGACAAACGCCUGCAGAUGUACGAUGUUGAUCUGGACAUGGUGAAGGAAGAGGCGCAAGAGCAGCAAGAAGCUCUCAAAAGCUUGCAAGAAGCGAAUGCGGCAUUCAUAAACGCGCGAAGAGGCGACCAAUCUACGAAACAGCGAGAACAAGCUUUACAAAGCCUAGAAAAUGCAUACUUCAAGUACAAGGAGAUCAUCUCCAACUUGGAUGUUGGACGGAAGUUCUACAACGAUCUUGCGAAGAUUGUGAACAGAUUCCGGGAUGAUGCUCGAAGCUUCGCAUACCAGCGCAAGUCGGAGGCGUCUCAGAUAGAAAGUGAUCUCGCCACAGCGAUGAGCUCCCUCAAUCUGCAUCAGACAAACUCCAACUCUCUGCGACAACAACGCCAGGACGAUGCGCAGAAUCCCCAGUACGGCAUGGACGCUCACGCUGAAGAGCCCCUCGCCGCACCAACACCUACACGCGCCAGCACCGGUCCACACACCAGCAUGUGGUCGCCUGAAGUUGGCAUUCGGUUUGCGAACGUGCCGACAGCUUCGGGCAAUGCCCGACCUGCCAACGGGCCUCCGCAAGAUGCUCGAUGGGACCCAUCGAAGGGUCUCAGGUUUGGAUGAGAGGAGGAAGAUACCUGUAUGGAUAUCGGAAGAGGUAUGAUGUACAUAGCAGAUGCCUUUUCGAUAACCAUCGCGCAUAUCCAUUUCUAUAAAUACGAUACAACGUGCUGAGUGUACGUCCCUUACCAGUACAAUGGAUAGGGUGUACUGCGCCUUUUCAGGUCACCUACUGUGGUAUCCGGCCGAAGUAGUGUAGCUGGUCCGGGCACGACAGGGGUGUUUAGCUAAUGUAUUCAAAUGACACUUUUC